AAGUUUGGCCACAAAGACUAAAGGCCCCCAAUCUUUGGAGUGGAAGGAUUAAGAAACAAUGUAGUAGUAGUAGUAGUAGAAGAAGAAGAAGAAGAAGAAGGCAGCACUGCAGUGGGACUUGGAAGCUAAAGCGCAGCGAGAAUGCCUCGACCGACCCAAAUCUUGCGACGAGGUUGUAAGGCACUUGAAGAUGUUCACUUGCUCAAGGUCUUGCAAUCUGAAAUCAAACAUGAAAUUUCUUCUCCUCCCUUUCAGGAGAAUAGAAGUGGAUAUUUGGGAGAUUUUGUUGUGGAUUACGAUUCAUCAGAGUCGCAAGAUAUUUUCUUGAGAACAAAUUGUGAGUCGGGUGAAGAAGUUGCUGUUUCUGCUUUGGUGGGUCCAAAAUCAAUUAGGGAAGAUGGUUCUUUUAGAGGGGAUGUUAUGAUGAAGGUGUGUGUGAGAAAGCCUGGCUUGAACUCUAUGUUGCAGUUUGAUUGUGGAGUUUCUGAGAAACUGAUCACUGGGUCUCAUUUUAACAUCCUUAAUGCCUAUUAUCUUCAAUCAACAACCUCCCCUAGUCCCUCUGCCUAUAGAGGCCCCUUGUUCAGUGUUAGCAUGUUGCAUCGACCCUGUUUUUGGAGUAAGUGUAUGAGGUCUAACUGUAGAUUUAAUAAGGAACAGAAGUGAAUAACAAGAGCAUUGUAGGAUGUAUGCUUCAGUCUCGGACAUUCACAAUUGUGCUUCAUUGUAACCAUGUCUAUGUUUGAGCGUUCUUCUUCAUAGGAAUGUGGCAUGAGGGGCUUGAGCUGGAAAUUAGAGUUCUGUGCUUGUAUGUUAAUUUAGUUUCUGACUAGGAGAAGCGUUUUUUAGAACCCUGGAUGGUGGGAGAGCUUUGUAGCCCAUCUCCAGCUUGGAUUCUGGAUGCUUAAUUCCUCCAAUGUAGAGUAGUUUUUAUCUGAA